UCAAUACCAAGCGCAAGCGCGAUGACCCUUCGUUCACCAAUCAGCAACAGGGCUCUGGCUCUGCACCCGAUAAGGGUGAUAAGGCUGAUGGAAAGAAGAAGAACCGUCGAGGCAAGCGCAGUGGGAAGAACAAGGACAACAAGGGCAAGGGCAAGGCUGAUCACAGUCAUGUCCAUGGAGUCUCCGAGAUCACUGGCUCCCUCACUAUUGGUUCGAUCGCCUCGCUCACUCCGUCUAUCCCUGCGCCGACGAUCUCGCAUGUCACGCACAUCUCUCGCGAUGGACCGACCCAAAAUCCGCGCGGUUCAAGAGAAGUCUCCCGUUAACAACAAUGGGAUGAUUGACACCGAGUUCCAGAAGCCUACUCGUAAGGUCUUCGAGCUGGCCAAGAAGAUGGAUGUGACGGUAACCGCAGAACGCUUCCGGACUCUCGACAAGAUCGUCAAUGAGAAAGGAAUGCUCCGCGAGGACGCAAUCAUGCGUUCUCCAUCUCCGGUUGCUUCCGGCUCAAAUCACACGCUGGAUGGUGGUCCUCCUGCCAAACGCAGUCGUAUCGAGGAGAUCCCCGACGUCGAGAUGGCCACCAGCCAACAGAACGAUCUUGAUCUUCUGUUUGGAGAUAGCGAGUUCGCCCAGGCUGAACCCGUCAAUUGGGAUGAGGUCGUCGACUUCAACGCCCUUAUGAAGGAGAUGGACGCUCCUUCCGCCGAAAGGCAAAGCGCGUAAUCACCGCCGCCCCGGGUUCUGUACUAAAUUCGUUGAUGAUACGUUCACAUGAUUUUUGUACCAAUCUAUUCUGUGUGCACUCCGAUUUUGCUGCCUGCUCUAAGUGUA